AAAGAGCUUAGGCUGUUGGAAAAAGCAUCACAACCGGAAUUUCCACCAAGCAAAGCCAAACUACCAAAAAGAAAAUGCGUUCCUUCACUUUGAUUGCCCUCUUCGCCCUGAUUGUCCUGGCCGCUGCUCAAAGCGGACCACAAGGAGGACAGCAAGGUGGCCGAGGAGGACCUCAAAGUGGUCAGCAAGGAGGAUCCCAGGGAGGACAACAGGGAGGACAACAAGGAGGACCACAGGGAGUUCAGCAAGGAGGACAACAGGGCGGCCAGCAGCAAGGAGGUCAGCAGCAGGGAGGUCCUGGCGGUCCAUGGGGUCUGCCUCCGAAUGGAACUGAACUGUCCAACAGCACCACAACCACGACCACUGAGGCUAGCACCACUGAAUCUAGCACCACUGAGGUUUCUUCAGCCUAACUUAUGGAUUGAUCCCAAUGAAAGCCAACAGGCUUGCUCAGUUCCUUAUCCUUGUCCUUAUUAUUACAAGUUCGUGCAAUUAAAUUAAAUCAGUUUCCUAUAUGUGAUGUGUUGUGAUUAAAUUAGGUUAUAUUCGCUUCUAAGCGUUAUGGCAACAUGAAAGCUAAUGCCUGCAAAUCGUUUAAUGAAGCCCCUGCUCAUCUGACAAAAAUGCUGCGUAUUAUUCUGAAGCAGCAAUUGACGCUAAAAAGUAUGCAACACUUUUGUGCUGCUGCUGAAAACCACUUUAAAGCAAAACCGGGGAAUGCAACCUCCCUCCCCCGAGAAUGCCGCAACUUGCCACUAAAAGAGUUCCACUUCCCCACACCGAAAUCAGCGACAAACAGCAGUGCGAAAAGCGUAGGGGCAAACGCAUAUGCGGUGGCUCAUGAAAUGCAGUACAAAGUCGUCUUCCUCAUUCACUCGCUGCUGCUCAGCGAAGCGGCCACUUUUAGUGCACUGAAGUGCUUGGCCGCAGGGGGAGGGGUGGCUUUUUGGGUGGUCGGUGGUCGGUGGGUGGAAGGCCAUCAGUCGUGGACCGGCGAAGUGAUCAAUUGAUUUGCAUUUCCCACUCCGGGAAGCGCGGACACCAGAGUGCAGUGCAAAGGCGCUUUAAGCCAGCUCUGCCAUUGACUGGACUCUGCGGCAGGGCUUAAACCCACUGAGAUGCAUAAGCGAUUAACCCACUGGAGCCGCAAAGUUUUCAUGGCAACAUAAACAUCAAAUUUAAGUACUUUAUGCCUAAUAGAAGCAACAUGUGUUGCAGCAACUCAUUCAGGUUUAUAUCAAAUAUUGCAAGAGGUGAGUGACAACCGUGCAACUUCAAAAGCACUACAAUACAAUAAAAUAAGAAAAUAAAUAAAAUAAGAAAAUCCAUCAAUGAUGAACAUGGUAUUUUCCAAUAGUGCCUAAUUCAAUUGACUGCCAGUCAAAUAGAAACGAGACCACCCUUGAUUUGCUCUAGAUGCAGUGAUCUGCCAUUGUGGCCACCGGUGGGUUAAGCCAACUGCCACAUGCGACUGGAGCAAGUGGGGCAAACUGGGCAACUGAGGCAGCAGCAGAGGCAACUGAGGCGAGUGGAGCAGGCAAAACAGCUCGCUGGGGAACUGUAAAUCACGUCGAGCGCAGAGCACAAAUUGGUUAGUGAAACACAUGAACCAUUCAUCAGGAGGAAAAAUGCGGGGAAAAGCGCGGGACUCGCACACUCACACACUCAUACAUUCAUGCACAUGAGUUGGCUGCCGACUAAAUUCGCGCUUUUGAAAAAUGAAAGCAACUGCAAAAGUACAGGAACACACGCAGAUUUGCGAAAGUAGCAAAUGUAAUCUGCAGGGGGGCCAAAGAACGCGUGGAUUCGGAGCGGAAGAUGCAGGGAAAUCAUAUUAUCCUCAGGUGGAAUUAGUUGCCCCUUCGCAGAACAGAGAGAGAAAUUCAUAUGCAAGCCCCUACUUAAGCUUAAUAUUUCGAUUGGUAGGAAAAUGUUUGUCCCUGAAAUCAAGCGCUUGUCUUAGAAUAAGAAGUAUUUCCAGCAGUUCAGCAAUAAUACCGAUACCUUCAAAUCCCAGAUUAUUUUCUGUGUGCACUAGCCACGCAGCAGGCAGGAAGUUCUAUCCAACUUUACUCAACUUGAGUCAAGUCAUCGCUUUCUUUACUGAGCUCCUGCUUGCCUUCGUACACUUGAGGAGCACAAAUUGAAAGGAAAACACAUCCUGGCUUCCUGAAAAGGCUGCAGUAGUAGCAGCAGCAGCACCAGCAGCAACAAAAGCGGAAAAAUCAGGAUGAGCAGCAGCGGCGCUGAAAUGCAGCAAAUGAAAUUUCCCAAGGCCGCAGCGAUCGAAGCGAAAUUGAAAAAAUAAUCAUAAAUAUUGCAUGCAGCUUGGUUGGGCUCUCCGCCAUCUAUUUUUUAGCCGCUUUCAUUUUGCUGCGCUUUUACUCUUCUUUUUUUCCCCAUCCCCGAUUAAGCGACGUAAAGUACAAAAAUGCAGGCGGCCCGGUUAAGUAUACGCCGCGUGGGCUCCGGAAAAUUGAGCCCGAAAUGCGCACAAAUGCCGCUUCAUGUCAUUCCAGGCUCAGUUCCGGAUGGAAAUGAGUCGGCUUGGCGUGGCGAUGGCUUUCGGCUCGGGGAGUGAGGAUGCCACAUUUACACGGCUCUCCACUUCUAUGGCGAUGCCGCCGCGGGCGAGGAAUAUUCUAAAGCGCUCCGUGUGAAAAUAAUUUCACGGCGGAAAACAAGGUUACGGGGCUAAAGGCGAGUCUAACGACUUUAGGUUAUCUAGUACUUUGAAAGCGUAAAAUACGCUUUUUAUUGCACUUUUCGCCCAACUCUAUUAUCUGUUAAAUUCGAUUUAAUGGAGGAAAGCAGUAUGUUAAAAAAUUCUUUAGUAUUUCAAAAUCAAUUUAACUAGUUUACGUAGCUGCAGUUGAUUUUUACAUUUUGAGACCAAAAUAAGAAAUGAAAAUUUCAUAAACAGAGAGCACAAAACAAAUACGAGCAACUGCUAGAUGACGCACUUCAGGUAAAUUAGUCAGUGGCAAACAGUAAACAUUUUCCCCAGGCUUUGAACUCUCUUUGUGUCUGGUUUUCGGUUUUACCAAAAUAACACAGACGUUUGUUUGAUUUCUGUGACGGCGCCCCAGCCGCAGCUGUUUUUGAAGAAACAAGUUUGUGCCUAAUGGAAAAUUUCGACCAUAUAAAAGGGCUUUGGCUGUGGGAAGAUGUAUUACAACCCGAGUUUUCACCCAGCAAAGCAAACUACCAAACAGAAAAUGCGUUCCUUCAUUUUGAUUGCCCUCUUCGCCCUGAUCGCCCUGGCUGCUGCUCAAGGAGGACCACAAGGUGGACAACAAGGUGGCCAAGGAGGACCUCAAAGUGGUCAGCAGGGAGGACCCCAGGGCGGCUCUCAAGGAGGACCACAGGGAGGACAACAGGGAGGACAACAAGGAGGACCACAGGGAGGUCAGCAAGGAGGACAACAGGGCGGCCAGCAGCAAGGAGGUCAGCAGCAGGGAGGUCCUGGCGGUCCAUGGGGUCUGCCUCCGAAUGGAACUGUACUGUCCAACAGCACCACAACCACGACCACUGAGGCUAGCACCACUGAAUCCAGCACCACUGAGGUUUCCUCAGCAUAGAAUGCUAGUAAGCAACUCUAGAUUUUAAUCGAUCCUGUGAAAAAUUAUUAAACACCUAAACCAAAUGACUUAUGUUCCUACUAAA